AUGUGAUUCCAGCAUCAUAAAGCUUUCUGGAGACAUUCACUUCAUCAGGCAUGAGCAUCGGCAACUCGAAAAAAGAAUUCAAGAGCUCAUGUCUGCCCUAGAAACUGUUUCUAAGAACUUGGAUAUGAAGGUAACACAGCUCUUAGGAAAGAUAGAGGCUUCCAGUUCUGAGCAAACUUCAAAUUUAAAGAUGGUCCAGGGGGAUUAUCGCCAUGAAGUGAACCUUUUGGAGUUCAAAGUUAAUUCACUAUCAACAAAUGUAUACGAAGAAAUUGAGAACCGUCAAAAAUGGACAGAAAACCAGUUCAUCAAAUAUGAAAAAGUCCACCUUGACCAUGUAAAUCAGUGUCUGAAGCUCCUGCAGGAGAAACUGGCUACGUCUGAAAAUAAAAUGGAAGAAAAAUUACUGCAGCUUUCAAGCAAGUUAGAGAAUUUCAUUAACACACGAAAACAGGAAGCAGAAUUAAACAAAGUAAAGCAUAUAGAAAAUAAACUAUUCAAAAAGAUGAACCAACUGGAAAAGCUCAUCUGGGGUGAAUUAGAGAAAAUGCAGAAUGAAUAUCAAUCAGGAUUUGAAUCGAUUCAUGACUCUCUCAGCUCCCUCCAGCGAAUACAGAAAACAAAGAUGGAUUUAGAGAAAUAUAAAGUACAGAAAGACCUAAAGAAAUUACAGCGUAAGAUAGUGGAACUCCAGGAAGUGUAAACUUCCCAUUCAUCUCCUUUUUCACCAGCCAGUGGGGUGGUUUGUUGGGAAAGACGGGGAAAAGAAAGUUAAUAUCUCUGGGAUGUUUACUGCUUCUAUUUCUUACCACCUUUUUAAGGAGAUAAAUGUACCAGAAAACCCAAUAAAGCAAAGAAGCUU